UUCCAUGGUGAUGGUGGCUGUGGGUGUCUACGCUCGACUGAUGAAGCAUGCAGAAGCAGCCCUAGCCUGCCUGGCGGUGGACCCUGCCAUCCUGCUGGUCGUGGUGGGUGUCCUCAUGUUCCUGCUCACCUUCUGUGGCUGCAUUGGGUCCCUCCGUGAGAACAUCUGCCUCCUGCAGACGUUCUCCCUCUGCCUCACCGCCGUGUUCCUGCUGCAGCUGGCCGCUGGGAUCCUGGGCUUCGUCUUCUCAGACAAGGCUCGAGGGAAAGUGAGUGAGAUCAUCAACAAUGCCAUUGUGCACUACCGAGAUGACUUGGAUCUGCAGAACCUCAUUGAUUUUGGCCAGAAAAAGUUUAGCUGCUGUGGAGGGAUUUCCUACAAGGACUGGUCCCAGAACAUGUAUUUCAACUGCUCAGAAGACAACCCCAGUCGAGAGCGCUGCUCUGUGCCUUACUCCUGUUGCUUGCCUACCCCUGACCAGGCAGUGAUCAACACUAUGUGUGGCCAAGGUAUGCAGGCCUUUGACUACUUGGAAGCUAGCAAAGUCAUCUACACCAAUGGCUGUAUUGACAAGUUGGUCAACUGGAUACACAGCAACUUAUUCUUACUUGGUGGUGUGGCUCUAGGCCUGGCCAUCCCCCAGCUGGUGGGAAUUCUGCUGUCCCAGAUCCUAGUGAAUCAGAUCAAAGAUCAGAUCAAGCUACAGCUCUACAACCAGCAGCACCGGGCUGACCCAUGGUACUGAGAAUCCAUCCUGCACCUCCUCACCAUGGCAACUGGCAAGCCUCAUCAACCAACAGCAGCGGGUGCUGAGAACAGCACCAAAUGGAGAUUUGGAUUCCAGCCCCCCAAGUGACAGCCCAGUGGGAAGAAGCAAACUCCAGAUGGGCAGAAGGCAGGGUACACAGGUGGCUCCGGUCUCAGGAGGAUGCGCCCCCUCUCCCCCAUCCCAGCCCUCAGCAUUGUGUGAGAGUGAUUCCCUUAAGUGUUUGGGUUUAUGUUUUUAGUUUUGUUUGGGAAACAGCAGUUGCACACAGAGUUACGGUGUAGUGCUGCUGCCGUUUCACCGAGGCACUGCCACCACCAGCUCUAUCAGGGAUGCUCCUGAGCUUGGCGGACAUACUUAGAUCCUAACGUGCCAGUGAGACCUGGCUGUGGAGAGUAGCACUGGCAGCCCUGCCUGGAGUCCAGUUGGCAUGAUACCAGCUCCAGAAGGGAAGAGAGUGGAGCAGACAGUGAGGAGCGAGCCUGGGGGUCGGCUGGGGACAGCCGUAUGUGCUAGCUGGGAGUGGAGGGGGAUAUGUUUACCAAAUGCCUGCCCUGCCAUCCUCCCAGGUAGUCAGAGUGAGCUACAUCCUGCCCCGCCUUCAUUUCCAUGGAAACAUGGCAGCUAGGUCACGGGGUACAGCAGCAGCCAAAUUCUUCCCCACCUCCCCUGCUUUGAAAAAAAGUUUGGAACCCUGGUCCCUAUACUCUGCAGUCAGAAGUGGGACUGAGCCAUACAUGCCCUUGAAUUCCUCCCUGUCUGGCCCUCCCUCUCCAGCAAGUGGGGUUUUCUUUAACUUGGCAGUGUGCAGAGGAGAAGUGGUAACACCCCCACCCCAUUCCCCUGCAUCGGAGCUCAGUAUUCCUGCAGGGUAAGAGGUAGGAAUCUUGCUGGGACGAGCGGAGCCAGAAGUGGCAAUAAAAAACGUGUUGACCUGGGCUA